AUGGUUGAUACUAGCAAUUCGCUACGAAUGUACACACCCGAACAAACGAGUCGUUUGCAAGGUCUAAAGAGUCGUCGCCGAAGUAUUUCCAUAAGUUUACAUGAAACAACUACACCUGCACUCAAAUCAAUCUCGUCAUUAGACCAUGCAGACUGUCCCGAUACCAAUACUUUAUUGACUCCACAUGAAAACUCAGAUUUAUUAUCUGCCUAUGACAAACUAACAACAUGGAAACGAACCGUCGAAAAGCAUCUAAACCGCAUUUAUUUACAUAAACUCAAAGAAAUCGAUAACUUGGUAGCAAAUGGUCAGACCCAAGUCGACGUUACCUUCGGCACUAUUCCAUCGUUCGAACAAUUGGCCAAAGUGACGUCGCGACAGCAAAUCGCUGAUCAUACAUAUGAUAACAUAGAAUUCAAUCAUGAUCUAUCUCAAUCAUUUGAUUUAUUUAGUAAUAAUAUUUUACUCUGUACAUCAGACCAUGAAGUACUGGUCUAUGAUGAUAUUAAAUCCAAAAUGAUCUUAUACAACGAACGAUCUUUUCUAAAUUCAUUCGACUGGGAUACAGAUGAAUAUGGCGAUCCAUGUGAUUUAAGCUAUUCGGAUUAUCUUGAUGUUUACUGUAUCAUAACUAAUCGUGGUCUAUUUACAUGGUCAACUGAAGAUUCAUCUGUUCCAUUACAUAUUGACUCGAUUAAACCCAUAGCAGCAAAUCGUCUAUGGACUAUGGCAUCGACAGAUAAUCGUGCCGAUGUAUUUGUUCUAUUUAAAUUAGGUAGUUAUAUCGAAAGAUGGAAUUCUAUCAUCGGUACGAAGUCCUGGCAGCCGAUUCAUCGUUGGUCAAAUCAUGAUCUAUUCGAACGUAAUGAUCAGCGUAUCAGAAGCAUACGAAUGACAUCGACUUAUGUGGCAUGGACUGUUGAAUCGACGAAAACAUCCGAAUGGCGUGUUGAUCUUCUUGAUUACCACCUACAAGUUAUACGUCACGGUGUGAAUAUUGAUCAUCUAGAUAAAUAUUCCUCGUGUUUACUAUCAAAUUUUGGACCGGAACACUUUCUUAUUACUGACAGCAAUUGUCAUUUAUUAUUCUUACUUGAUUCGCAAGGUCGAACGACAUUAAAAACAGAUUCCAUAUUAGCUAAACGUAUUCGAAACUCCGUUUUAAUGAACAACAACAAUCAACAGUGGCUUGUUAAUACAAAACGUAAAUUUGAGAACAAGUUUAAGUUGAAAAUGCGUUGGUACUGUUGGAUUAUCUUUUGUGUUAUUGCCUGUUGGUCAGCAUGGGCACUUCCAGCUGCUGAUGAUGUCAGCGAGAAGAAUUUAAUGACAAUCGACAACGAAAUGGCAGAGAAUAUUGUUGCUGAAAACGGACUUACAAAUAACGAUGAUGAUGAUGAUGAUGAUGAUGACGAUGAUGAUGAAGAUGUCUUGGCUAUUACCGAUCGUCAUCUCCGAAAACGUAAACCACAAAAAGGAAAAGGAAAAGAUGAUAAAGACGACGAUGAUUCUUCGGACAGUGAUAAAAAAGAAGGAAAGAAAUUAAAAAAGAAAAAAUGCAUCUGCUUCCGACGAAAACCAUCCCGAAACCAUCAUAAGAGACGCCCGCAUUGGUCAGGAAAACCACAACGCCGUCCUCCAGCAAAAGAUGAACAAAAGAAACGACCAGCUGGACCAUCUUCAUCGGAAAAUGGUCAAGGUAAGCCAGAUGACAACGGAUCCAAACCAAAACCACGCCCGUAA